ACGCGCUUGGCCGCCAGGCCGAGUCCGCGGGGUGCGCGCCGGGUACCGGCGACAAUGGGCUUCUGUGUGUGCAGCUGCCGCCGCCACCAGGGGCCGGGGGAGGGAGGCGGGCGGCCGCUCCCUGACCUCCCUCCCUCCGGGCCACGACCCCCCCCAAAGGUAACCGGCCUCUUCCGCCCCCGGCCAGGACCCGGGCCCCGCGGGCUCCCCACCCCCACUUUUUAUCUGUAAGUUCCCUUGCCCCAGCCUCCGCUUCCACUUCCCCUGCUUUCCUCUCUUCUCCCUGCCCCAACUUGAAGAAAGUGGGGGAUCUGUCCCGCCCCGGGCAGCCACUUUGUGCGCCCGGGAAGCGGGACCCACACCGGGCGCGCCCAGCUGGGGACGCAGUGACGGAGGGGCCGGGAGCGCCGGGCAGGAAGGAGAUCCGACAGGCUGGACUCCCCAUUGCUUUUCUAAAUACCUUGGAAUCUGUCCUUCAUUGAAUUACGACACUGUCCACCUUUAAUUUCCUCGAAAACACCAGUAACUCGGCUGAAGCCAUGCCUUGUGUUCAGGCGCAGUAUGGGUCCUCGCCUCAAGGAGCCAGCCCUGCUUCUCAGAGCUACAGUUACCACUCUUCGGGAGAAUACAGCUCCGAUUUCUUAACUCCAGAGUUUGUCAAGUUUAGCAUGGACCUCACCAACACUGAAAUCACUGCCACCACUUCUCUCCCCAGCUUCAGUACCUUUAUGGACAACUACAGCACAGGCUACGACGUCAAGCCACCUUGCUUGUACCAAAUGCCCCUGUCCGGACAGCAGUCCUCCAUUAAGGUAGAAGACAUUCAGAUGCACAACUACCAGCAACACAGCCACCUGCCCCCCCAGUCUGAGGAGAUGAUGCCGCACUCCGGGUCGGUUUACUACAAGCCCUCCUCGCCUCCGACACCCACCACCCCGGGCUUCCAGGUGCAACACAGCCCCAUGUGGGAUGACCCGGGGUCUCUCCACAACUUCCACCAGAACUACGUAGCCACUACACACAUGAUCGAGCAGAGGAAAACGCCCGUCUCCCGUCUCUCGCUCUUCUCCUUUAAGCAGUCGCCCCCAGGCACUCCGGUGUCUAGCUGCCAGAUGCGCUUCGACGGGCCCCUGCACGUCCCCAUGAACCCGGAGCCCGCGGGCAGCCACCACGUGGUGGACGGGCAGACCUUCGCUGUGCCCAACCCCAUUCGCAAGCCGGCUUCUAUGGGCUUCCCGGGCCUGCAGAUCGGCCACGCGUCUCAGCUGCUUGACACACAAGUGCCCUCGCCGCCGUCGCGGGGCUCCCCCUCCAACGAGGGGCUGUGUGCGGUGUGUGGCGACAAUGCGGCUUGCCAGCACUACGGCGUGCGCACUUGUGAGGGCUGUAAAGGCUUCUUUAAGCGCACAGUGCAAAAAAACGCGAAAUAUGUGUGUUUAGCAAAAAACUGCCCAGUGGACAAACGGCGCCGGAAUCGUUGUCAAUAUUGCCGAUUUCAAAAGUGCCUGGCUGUUGGGAUGGUCAAAGAAGUUGUUCGCACGGACAGUUUAAAAGGCCGGAGAGGUCGUUUACCCUCGAAACCGAAGAGCCCACAGGAGCCCUCUCCCCCCUCGCCCCCGGUGAGUCUGAUCAGUGCCCUCGUCAGGGCCCAUGUCGACUCCAACCCGGCUAUGACCAGCCUGGACUAUUCCAGGUUCCAGGCGAACCCUGACUAUCAGAUGAGUGGAGAUGACACCCAGCAUAUACAGCAGUUCUAUGAUCUCCUGACUGGCUCCAUGGAGAUCAUCAGGGGCUGGGCGGAGAAGAUCCCGGGUUUUGCUGAUCUGCCCAAAGCUGACCAGGAUCUGCUUUUUGAAUCAGCUUUCUUAGAACUGUUUGUCCUUCGAUUAGCAUACAGGUCCAACCCAGUGGAGGGUAAACUCAUCUUUUGCAAUGGGGUGGUCUUGCACAGGUUGCAAUGCGUGCGUGGCUUUGGGGAAUGGAUUGAUUCCAUUGUUGAAUUCUCCUCCAACUUGCAGAAUAUGAACAUCGACAUUUCUGCCUUCUCCUGCAUUGCUGCCCUGGCUAUGGUUACAGAGAGACAUGGGCUCAAGGAACCCAAGAGAGUGGAAGAACUGCAAAACAAAAUUGUAAAUUGUCUCAAAGACCAUGUGACUUUCAAUAAUGGGGGGUUGAACCGCCCCAACUAUCUGUCCAAACUGUUGGGGAAGCUCCCAGAACUCCGUACCCUUUGUACACAGGGUCUACAACGCAUUUUCUACCUGAAAUUGGAAGACUUGGUACCACCGCCAGCAAUAAUUGACAAACUUUUCCUGGACACUUUACCAUUCUAAGAUCUUCUCCCAUGCACUUAUAAGGAACUGGAAAGAAAACUCAAACUGUCCAGAGGGGGCUAGUCACAUGGGCAGAGAUAGCCCUCUGGGCUGUUUCAGCUCAAGCUUUCCCCCCUUCUGUAAAAUUCCCAGCCCCUCAAUUCCUAAAGAAAACAAACAAAAACUGUUGCUAUUUCCUAACCUGCAGGCAGAACCUGAAAGGGCAUUUUGGCUCCGGGGCAUCCUGGAUUUAGAACACGGACUACACACAAUAAAGUGGUAUAAACUUUUUAUUAUCAGUUAAAGAUCAAUUUAAUGUUCAGAAGAAAGAUUGUUCAUGUAUGAUGGGAAAUGUUUGGCCAUGGUUGGUUGUUGCAGUUAAGACAAACAUCACACACACACACACACACACACACACACACACCUAUCUUAUGGGGACCCACAAGUAUUGCCCUUUAACAAGACUUCAAAGUUUUCUGCUGUAAAGAAAGCUGUAAUAUAUAGUAAAACUAAAUGUUGCGUGGGUGGCAUGAGUUGAAGAAGGCAAAGGCUUGUAAAUUUACCCAAUGCAGUUUGGCUUUUUAAAUUAUUUUGUGCCUAUUUAUGAAUAAAUAUUACAAAUUCUAAAAAUAAGUGUGUUUGCAAAAAAAAAGAAAAUAAUUACAUAAAAAGGGACAAGCAUGUUGAUUCUAGGUUGAAAUGUUAUAGGCACUUGCUACUUCAGUAAUGUCUAUAUUAUAUAAAUAGUAUUUCAGACACUAUGUAGUCUGUUAGAUUUUAUAAAGAUUGGUAGUUAUCUGAGCUUAAACAUUUUCUCAAUUGUAAAAUAGGUGGGCACAAGUAUUAACACAUCGGAAAAUCCUGACAAAAGGGACACAUAGUGUUUGUAACACCGUCCAACAUUCCUUGUUUGUAAGUGUUGUAUGUACUGUUGAUGUUGAUAAAAGAAAGUUUAUAUCUUGAUUAUUUUGUUGUCUAAAGCUAAACAAAACUUGCAUGCAGCAGCUUUUGACUGUUUCCAGAGUGCUUAUAAUAUACAUAACUCCCUGGAAAUUACUGAGCACUUUGAAUUUUUUUGUUUUUUAAAAA